AUGGCGUUCACCAACGAGAAGCGGUGGCCAGCGAGUUUCAGGCACGAUAAACUGGAAGAGAAAGCCCCCGCAAUGAACGCAAUAGCUGCGUGGCCCACCAGCUCCGCCGCCAACUUUUCUAGACUCCCACAAGAGCCAGGAAUCAAGAUGAUCAUGACUCCUAAAGCUUAUUAUGCUACACAUGACACUAUGCCACCUCCAAACCAAGUGAUAAUUGUGACAUCUACGCACAGUGUCAUGAGGGAGCAAUACCAAGCUGCAGACCGCAAAGUUUCUGGCAAAAGAGGAGGCGGAGAGCAGAAUUCGUCGAGUCCUCGGCCGCCGAAGCAGCUUCGGCCUUGUGAGUGACAAGGAUUUACCGAGCUGUGGCUGGAAUGAUAGCUGUGUAGGAGGAAGACGCGAGUGAAUCAUUUAAUUUAUAGACGGCUAUGAACACUGAAAA